AUGAAGAUGUCAGAAUUUCAUAUUAUCAGCAUCCCCAUCCGCAUCCGCUAUUUGGCAGAAACUGAUAUCGGCAUCGCUUCUUUCAACUUCGUGGGCAAGCUGCUGGGACCCAAAGGAAACUCUAUGAAGCGACUACAGGAGGAGACACUGACGAAGAUGGCAGUGCUUGGGCGAGGCUCCAUGCGAGACAAACAGAAGGAGGAGGAGCUCCGUGCCUCUGGGGACCCCAAGUACGUGCACCUGCUGGAGGACCUGCACGUGGAAAUCACAGCCUUCGCGUCCCCCGCCGAGGCACACGCGCGCAUUGCCUACGCGCUGGCCGAGGUGCGCCGCUACCUCGUCCCGGACAACAACGACGACAUCAGGAAGGAGCAGAUCAGAGAGAUGGAGCUGAUCAGCGACCCCCCAGGCGGCAGGGGGGAGCCGCCUCGACACCUGAAGGAGGCGGUGCAGGAGCCGCAGGGGAGCGUCCGCCACCUGCCCUUACGCCACCAGAGCUGCUAUCACCAGAAGGGCCAGAUUGCAGGGGCACAGUGGUGGGUCCAGCGCCCCCCGGCCCCCCCUCUGCCCCCAGGCCUCCGUGGACGCGUCCCUCCCCCACACCCACGCCUCCUGCCAGCCCACGCCGCCCGAGGUCUCCCGCCGCUGGUGAGGAAGCUGCCCGCCGCCAUGCCGCCCCCUGUGCCGCCGCCACCCGCCAAGCGCCGAGUGCUCUCCAUCCUCGACAAGGCCAAGCUCGCCCUCGACCACAGCUACGGCCUGCACGAGGACGACCCCCAGGCACUACUUCGAUGCCCCAGAGUUCGCUUACGAUGAAUAUGGAGAUUAUGGUCCCGAAGAUUUUCUCCGAAGUGUACAAUGGCGAGGCAUACGACGGGGCGGGGGGCGGGCGGUGGCUGGCCUACAAGCACACCCUGCCCUCGGCCAUGGACCGAGCCAGGUGCCGCACCUCACCCUAUGCCAGACCCAAAUAGGGCCACUCGCCAUUUUUUUUUUCUCGCCUCCCUUACCGAGAGUCUCCAUUAAGGUCCAAUUUUUUGCCACUUUAGAAAAUACACAAAAACUAUCUUAAUAAAAAAAAAUUACAUACCGUCUCCACAGAGGCGUCUCCCUCCUCUGUCCUAAUUUACAAUAAAAUAGUUUUGCGUCAGUUUCUAGUCAAAUCAGCUUUUUAAAAGUCUACAUAUAACAUAACGCCUUUCCUGAUUUCAGUUCCUUUGACCUUCCUCAAAAAUAACACACACAAAACAAGCGCUUUCUGACCUUAAAAAAUCUUAAAUUCAAUCAUAAAAAAUUCCAAACCAACUGUCAUUUCUCCAUAAUACCUUUCUACUCUAAGUACAAAUGGGUAAAGAAUAUUAAAAACAAAAAAAAUACAACCGUGCAAUUAGAAUUAUAUACUAUUCACGUUUAGAGUCCUGAUGACUGAGAUUCAGGGCAGUAAAUAACAUAAUUAGUUCUGUUAACUCUUAAGACCCAUUUCCCUUUUUUCUCCCCUCCCCCACGAUCCACCUUGACUGGUUAACGUUAAGAAUCCUCCUCAUUAAUGUCCAAUCAACUAACCAACAGAACCAAAACUAUAUAUAUAUAUAUAAAUACACAUUAAGAACAAACAGGUCAACCCUUUUGUUAAUGAACAAAAAGUAGCGGAUGUUUUUUUUUCCCAACUUCAUAAAAAUAGUAUAGAUAACCUUCAUUCUCUCUCUCUCUCUCUCUCUCUCUCUCUCUCUCUCUCUCUCUCUCUCUCUCUCUCUCUCUCUCUCUCUCUCUCUCUCUUCCGCCUCAUAUACACCCACAAACACGCACACACGCGCACACACCAUCAUUAUUACUGGAAGAACAACUAUAGAAUGUAAUAAUUAUUUUGGUAAAGAAACUAUAUUGUAUAGAAACAAAACAAGUGACCAAAGCAGCCCUGAGCGUGACAGAAAAAGAAUUAGGUGUUUGUGUGUAUGUGUUGUUAAGUGCUGCGUAAGUACGAAGACAACCUAACCAGUGUUGAAGAGAAAUUACUGUGAGAAACGUUAAGUCUGUCUGGCACUAAGGGAAAGAUUGAAGUGUUUUCACUGUUUUUUGACUGUCAGGUUUGAGGAAAAUCAAAAUACUAUCUGUUCCCUCAUUGUACCCUACCUUCCUUUGGCGUUCAACAGUAGAAGUAGUAGUAGUAGUAGUAGUAGUAGUAGUAGUAGUAGUAGUAGUAGUAGUAGUAGUAGUAGUAGUAGUAGUAGCAGUAGUAGCAGUAGUAGUAGUAGCAUUAGUAGUAGUACAGGCUAGCAUUGGUGUGUGGGGGUGGUGUAACUACGACACACACACACACACACACACACACACACACACACACACACACACACACACACACACACACACACAACGCUACAUAUACACUCUCAAAACAAACAGGAUGCAACACUACCUCAUAGCCAAGAGUAAAAUCAAAUAAACGACGAUUAUGCAACACAAAACCAUUAAAAACUACAAAAUGCACACAACACACUACAGAACAAGCAACACAGCAUACACGCAACACAAUCAACGCAACACCGCCCGACGCGCCCCAGUGCAUACCUUGGAAACACAAAAGAAUAAAACACUGUGAACCAGACAAUAUAACACUUGAUAUAAUGCACCUUAAAAGCGCCCCUUAAAUUAUCCCAUAAAUUAAACUAAAAUUACGUGGACACACACACACACACACACACACACACACACACACACACACACACACACACACACACACACACACACACAUAAUGCUGGCCCGUACAAACAAAACCAAUCAAACAGGGAAGGCAACGAAAGGUAAACAGGAAAAAGAAAGAAAAAAGCGAUAAUAAAGAUCAAUGAUAAAAAGUAAAUGGCCUUUUUUGCACGUACACGCGGACAUGCGCACGUACACACACGCACACGAGGCGACGCACACGGGCUGCUUUGGUUACGUGGCAUCCCGUGUUUUAUCUUUCUUCGCCCUAGAAUUUAGUAGGCCUGAGGGCGCAUCCUCCACCUUAACGGGGCCUACCUUUUCUACUACAACUAUCUCCUCCUCCUCCUCCUCCUCCUCCUUCUCCUUCUACUCCUCCUUCUCCAAAAUCCUCCUGCUCCUCCUCCUCCACCACCGCCACUACGCCCAGGGAGGGGGGGGCGGGGAGGGCUAGUAUUAUUCACCUACAUCAAGAGUAUUCACGUAUUUGGUGCUAGUAUUGGUGAUGGUGGUCGUUGUGGUGGUGAGUGUGGUUAGUGGUGGUGAGUAGUGGUUGUGGUGGUGGUGGUGGUGAGGGCCGGCCCCGUUGGUGGUGAUGUUGCCUGCAGUGUGAUGCUGCCCUCAGCAAAACUUUAGCAAGAGUCAGCAGCAGGUAUGUAUUUUGUGAUGUUAUUCGUAAAUAAAAAAUAAAAUAAAAUAAAGAUACAACUCAUAAGUAAAAUAUAUAUAAAAAAAAUAAUAUAAAAAAAAAUCGCCCCCUCUACCCUCCCUUCCCCCCACACACCCAAUCAAUGUCCAAGUUUAAUUUUGUAGAUCGCACACGUGUCACGAACUAUUUUCAUCAUCACCGUUUUUCGAACGAUAAAAUAAAGAGAAAAAUAAAGAGGAAAGAAUCAAGUCCGUGAACCAAUCACCGUAAGGUAGUGACUGAAUAGAGCCAAUGAGAACCCACCCCGAUGCUUUCAUUCAUUCAUCCCGCCAACCAGACCUUCGCCACGCAUCACCUGUACAUCCACACGCCGCCACCAGGUGAACACGAGGGCGGUACAUGGCUACUACUUCACUAAGCUCUUCUAUCUGUGUAAAGAUAAACAUAUUAAAAAAAACCGGUUCCAAGUAUUGGGAAUGAAUGUUAAAUACUAAAUACGUAUUAAGGUUUUAUUAGUAUGGCCACUAGAAGAUUAAAUAAUAAUUACGCUAAGUUAAAAAAAAAAAAGGUAUAUAUAUUAGAAUACAAGGUGGCAGGCUAGCAGACAGACCGCAGGCGGGGCGCCCACUACCACUGCUGCUUCUUGGACCAAACCACCGCCCCGCCUCCGGUCUGCCUCGCCGCUCCCUUCGCCACGCAAAUAUUUGGAAACCUAAUUGUAAGACGGAGAGGGGCGGGUCUGGCCUCCCCCUGUGAUGCCCGGCCGCGCCCCGCUGCCUGCACACCCCCGUGCCCCUCGCCAGGACGAGUCACGCACGCAAUACGCCCGCACGCCCGCCGCCCCUCACGGCCUAUCACCAAGGAGGGAGAUGACUCGCACGGCUGCCCGGACGAGGCUCACCUCACUCCCUGUCCUGUACACAAACUUCACGAAGCAUUACAACCAUCUCUUGCCCAAGUCAUGAAGGGCAAGGCGGGAUGAUAUUAAGUGUUGAGUAUAAAAACAUACAUCUUAUCCAAUACAGGGAAAGCUAGCCUGAGAAGUUUUAGAGAUAAACACAAGUAUAUGGGAGAGACAUGAGACGAGUGCAUUUUUACAAACAAACAAGUGUGACGCAAGUCACACGAAAAAGAAUACAGCAUUUCGUAUCGUGUUUUCGCCAAGUUACCGAGCAGGGAGUCCCUCAGGGUUUGGGAGGUCUUCAGUGGGAAGAUGUCACGAAUGGCAAGGCGAGGCGGCGUCAGUGCGUGCGUGACAUCAAAGGGCAGGGGGAGUAGCGCCGCGACGUCCUCUAAAUCAUCUGGAGGCGAGAAACGACUCCAAAUCUAUUUCAUGAUUAUAAUAAUUAUAAUAAUAAUGUCUGGUGUUGUGAAUCUUUAAUUAUUUAUUGACUUUUGACUUAUUUAUUUAUACAUCAGUUUUCGAUCGACUUCGUUUCAUCUCCCUCUCCGUUUUUUUUUUUUUUAUUAUUCUACUUCACCCAUGGCCAUUUGCUUGGUUUUACAUGUUUUAUCACUGAGCAUUAUUAUAUCAGUAGGCGACGGCUGUAUCCGUGUCUUUGUAAUAAACCAAAAAGACUGAAA